GGAACCUAGACGCAUCUCAGACUGACUCUGUCAUUCUUUAUACGCGCUUGGUUCUCUUUCUCUUUCCCCUCAUUCCUACCCAGGUGAUCCCGAACUCGAGGCCCACGAAUUACGUGGCCUCUGGACAGGUCAAGUGGCGCCCAACGUGGGGCAGCUCGAGUAUCGAUGGUCACUGGACAGCCCCCAAUUGAAGAAAAAAGCGUUCCGGAACGUGCUUUGAUAGGGACGUCCUGCAUUGCUUGUUUAGUGUCUUGAGUGUUCACAGGAGUCACCAUGGCCUGGUCCUCCAGCCUGAAGAACCUUCUCACAGUCUUUGUCUUUACCAGCUUGGCUGUCAGCUCUGUGGAGAGUUACCAGUGUACGGUAUAUCCAUGUGUAACUGAUUCAUGUGCUGCUUGUGAAACCACUAAAGGCUGCUUCAAUGAAAUACAGAGAUUUGACACACCAUCUUCCCUGACAGAUGGAACAUUUAAACAAAAAGGAUGUAUUGCGGACUCAAACACAUGCAGUAGCCUGACAAUCUCGGCAACCCUGGGGGAUCAACGGACAUUUACCUAUGCAAACAGCUGCUGCAUAACUGAAAAGUGCAACCAGGGUGACUUAACACUGCCUGCACCAUCUUCCAUACCCAAUGGUGUUGAAUGUCCUGCCUGCUACAAUGAGAAAGCCAAUUUAUGCUCCUCAGUUACCACCCUAAAGUGCACAGGGGCAGAGAAAAAGUGUAUUGAGGUUACCGGCAAAGGUCUGGGAGUUUCAAAUUUAAUAGUAUAUGGGAAGGGUUGUGCAACUGAAAACUCCUGCGACCUGGAUAUGAGCGUCCUCGGUAGACUACAGAUCAAAACCUCAUGCAGCUCACCUCUUUCAAGCCACGGGCACCCUACCGCCAAAUUCGUUUCAUCAUUUCUCAUUUUUCUGCUCCUGCUGAAAUUCUUGCUUUGAUCUUCUAUGAACUGGCAAUCUCACACCCCUAUGCCCAUGGACGCAUUGGUAUACCUGGAUGGCUACUUCCGAAACACAGAACAAAUAAAACCUGGUGACCACUCCUCUGUUCUUUAUG